AUGAAGUCUACUGACAUUGAAGUGACAGUUGCUGCAACAACUGUCUCGAGCGUGGGAAUUACCCCAACCACCAACAUUAAAUGCUACAAACAUGGGAUACUUGUCACAGUUCGGAUGGCUCAAGCAGAGGCAUAUCUUCGGUGCAAGGAACUUCCAAAAAGUUUUACCAUGAGGUUCGAGGAGGUACUGUCUGACCAUGCAAUUAUUAAGGUUCCCAAUGUUUUCAGAUAUGAUGGGAAUUCGAAAUUUAAAGCUCACAUAUUUGGCAUGGAUGCUACAGAGGUAGAAUACCCAUCUCAUGUCGACAAUCCAAGUCAUGAAGUUGAAAUGAUCUCAACUUGGGACGAAGUUGAAGUGAUUCCAGUUCAUUCCGGCAAAGUUGAAGUAACUUCGAUACGUUCUGGCAAUACCCAAAGCAACGAUGAUCGUUUCAUGUCAAGUGCAGACCGUCUUAAUCAGAAAGUCAAACCUGCUACACACAAAUUUCCCCAAAAAUCACAACAACAAUAUACGUUUUCCAGGAAGCUUAAUCCUAAAAUGAGUCACUAUACUAAGGCAUUCCGGGCAACACUUGCAGCAACUGAAGAGUUCGUGUCUGAGAACCCAAACUUCAAAGUUGUGAUGCAACCCUCAUAUAUAAGAGGAGGAUACGUGAAGGUACCUAUGUUUUUUGCAUCCUCACAUUUGACAGAUGUAACACAAAAGGUGGUCAUUCUUAGGGUUUCAGAUGGGAGAACCUGGGAAGUCGGAUAUGUUUCUCGAACACGGAAUAAUAGAGGGCUAUCUCGGGGCUGGUAUAAAUUCGUUUCAGAUAAUCAUUUGAAGGAGAGCGAUGUCUGUGUCUUUGAACUAGUUGAUAGGAAAAAAUUCGAGAUGAAUGUUCAUAUUUUCCGAGUCUUACAAGAUGGUAUAUAG